CAAGACUGUUUUAAAGUCUCUGCCAGACUUGGGCUCACACGCUACAUCCUGGAUGGAUGGAGGAAUGGAAAGCUUCCAGCGCCUCUCCACCACAACCGCUACCACUACCACCGACUCUCCACUCUCCGCUUACCCGAGAAGCGCUGCCUCCUCCGCCGCAGUCGCAUCAGCGACGACGCGCCGCGCGGACAGUCGCUAGUCACUAGUCUCCUCUAACCCGUUUUUUCCUUUUUCUCGCCUGCCGCUCCGCUACCGUCUGUAUCUGAGUGUUAUGUUCCUGCCCGGGAAUAUCAAGGGGAUUUUGUCACGGAAAGACUCUUUGCUGGACCUCUAACUCAAAUUCUCCGCCCUCCACCUCCACCGCUCAAGUCGCCGUGCCCAGUCUCCGUCUCCGCUGCGUCUCCGGCGCCGCUUUUUACGCAGCGAGGCGUCGGUGAUUUGACCGCAAAGGGAGAAACUCAACAGUUGUUGCCCCUUUUUUAUUUGCAUGUCGAUGUGCAUAUUAUUACCAUGCGGAGGCUGCUGCAAUCGUGCUGUUGCUGCUGGUGGAUUUUGUCUCUCGUUUUGUCCGCCUUUUGGGCCGACUGUCAUCCUGCGCUGACAGGAAGCCAAGCCGAGGCUGCGGCCCCUCUCCAGGGCCUUCGCAGGACGCCGUCCGGGACGCGACUUCGGAGAGCCGCCGCCGAGGAGACCUACUGGGCGUACUCAGGUACAUACGGGCCAGACGAGGGCUGGGCGUCGGCGUACCCAGAAUGCCGAGAGAGAAACCAGUCGCCGAUCAACAUCGUGGAUCAGGAUGCCAAGGUGUCCACGGAGUUCCAGGAGCUGACUCUGGAGGGCUUCGACACCGAGUCCUCGAAUAAAACCUCGAUGAAGAACACGGGCAAGACAGUGGCCAUCAUGCUGAAGGAUGAUUACUUUGUGCGGGGCGCCGGCCUGCCCGGCAGGUUCAAGGCAGAGAAGGUGGAGUUUCACUGGGGGCCGAGCAACGGCUCCGACGGCUCCGAGCACAGCAUCAACGGCCGGCGGUAUCCCGUGGAGAUGCAGAUCUACAUGUACAACUCGGACGACUUCGACAGCCUCAGCGCAGCCAUCAGGGAGAAGAGGAUCAUCGCAGCCAUGGCUGUGUUUUUUCAGGUGGGCGGGAAAGACAAUCCGGCCGUCAACCCCAUAAUCCACGGCCUGAGGGGCGUCGUUCAUCACGAAAAAGAGACGUUCCUCGAGCCGUUUGUGCUGAAGGACCUGCUGCCGUCCUCGCUGGGGAGCUACUACAGGUACACGGGCUCUCUGACCACGCCGCCCUGCAGCAAGGUGGUGGAGUGGAUCAUCUUCAGCAGACCCAUCUACGUGUCCUACAAACAGCUGGAGGCUUUCUACUCCAUCUUCACCACGGAGCAGCAGGACCACGUGAAGUCGGUGGAGUAUCUGAGGAGCAACUUCAGGCCCAUCCAGAGUCUGGACAACCGCCACGUCUUCAAGUCGGCCGUGAAAGACGCCUGGCUGCCCGACCUGACGGACAGCGGCGGCAGCCCCUACGGCACCGAGGCGUCCAAAGUGUGCAGCAGCGCCCCCAUCAACAUGAAGGUGCAGCACGUGAACGGCAGCGCCCUGGUGGUGCGCUGGGCGCGUCCCGAGGUCACCUACCACCCGCCCAUCCUGCACUUCCUGGUGUCCUACAGCUGGACGGCGCACGACGACAGCUACGAGGAGACGCACCUCACCGACGCCAAGCACAAACUGGAGGCAGUCAUCUCCCCCGUCUCGCCCGAUGUUCUCUACCUGUUUCGGGUCCAGGCCAUCUGCAUGAACGACAUGCGCAGCGACUUCAGCCAGAGCAUGCUCUUCAGAGCCAACACCACCCGCAUCUUCGAGGGCACCCGGAUCGUCAAAACCGGCAUGCCGACGGUGUCUCCGGCCUCCUCAGCCGACAUGGCUCCCAUCUCCUCCGGCUCCUCCACCUGGACCUCCUCAGGCCUCCCCUUCUCCUUCGUCUCCAUGGCGACAGGCAUCGGCCCCUCCUCCAGCGGCAGCCAGGCGACCGUGGCGUCGGUGGUGACCAGCACGCUGCUGGCCGGCCUGGGCUUCAGCGGCGGCGUCAUCUCCUCCUUCCCCAGCUCCGUGUGGCCGACCAGGGCGCCUACCCAUAAUCCCACCUCGGCCGCCUCCACCGCCGCCGCCACGCGGCAGACCGCCGAGCCCGCCGAGCCCACCAAGGACGCCUCGGCCGCUGUCACCACAUCCACCGCCAAAGACAACGCCGAGGCCGGCGGCGAGGACGGAGAGCAGGGCAAAGGCCGGGACGAGGAAGGGGAGCGGGAGGAAGAGGAGAAAGAUGAAGAGGAGGAAGAAAACGAAAAGGAGGAGAAGAAGGAGAAGAAGGAGGCAGGCGGGAGGGGCGGGGCAGAGAGGCGGGACAACGGGACGGCGGUGAAGGAGCCGCCCGGUGACACGCCCGAUUCCACGGCCAAGGAGAAAGGACCGACGGGGCCGGACCGGCGAGCGACGGCGGCUCCCGGCGGCGUGGAGGAGCAGCUGGAGGCGCGCACCCAGAGUCCGGCCAGCUCAAGCCCCGCCCCCACCACAGAGGCGGCCAAUGAGACGAUGGAGUUCCCGGCGCCCGACAGCCCCUCGGCAACGCUCAGACCAAGCACAGCCGGAGACAAGAGCCACUGGCCUUUCUCCAUCCACACAGACCGUCCCAGCGCGGCGACCAACCUGACGCGGCAGGCUCGGCCCGGCUCGGGGCCGGGGCUGGGCCGGGUGGAGUGGCUGGUUCCCCUGGUGGUGGUUUCAGCUCUGACCUUCCUCUGCCUCGUCCUGCUGCUGGCCGUGCUCGUCUACUGGAGCAUGAACGCUUUCUGCUCUCUGCUCUGUGUCAAGUACAGGCGGUGUUUCCAGACGGCUCACUUCUACGUGGAGGACAGCAGUUCUCCUCGGGUCGUGCCCAAUGAGAGCAUCCCUGUCAUCCCCAUCCCAGACGACAUGGAGGCCAUCCCGGUCAAGCAGUUCCUCAAACACAUCUCAGAGCUCUACUCCAACAACCAGCACGGCUUCUCCGAGGACUUUGAGGAGGUCCAGCGCUGUACGGCAGACAUGAAGAUCACAUCAGAGCACUCCAAUCACCCCGACAACAAGCACAAGAACAGAUACAUCAACAUAGUCGCCUAUGACCACAGCAGAGUGAAGCUGAGGCCGCUGGCUGGGAAGGACUCCAAACACACCGACUACAUCAACGCCAACUACGUGGAUGGUUACAAUAAGCCUAAGGCCUAUAUCGCAGCGCAGGGACCUCUCAAGUCCACCUUUGAGGACUUCUGGCGGAUGGUUUGGGAACAAAACACCGGCAUCAUCGUCAUGAUCACCAACUUAGUGGAGAAAGGCCGGAGAAAAUGUGACCAGUACUGGCCAACGGAGAACAGCGAAGAGUACGGCAACAUGGUGGUCACGCUCAAAAGCACCAAAGUGCACGCGUGCUACACGGUCCGCCGCUUCACCCUGCGCAACACCAAAGUUAAAAAGGGUGGGAAGGGGAACCCGAAGGCGCGAGCCCAGAGCGAGCGGACGGUGCUGCAGUACCAUUACACCCAGUGGCCGGACAUGGGCGUCCCUGAGUACACCCUGCCCGUCCUCACAUUCGUCCGCAGGUCGUCAGCCGCUCAGAUGCCCGACAUGGGACCCAUGCUGGUCCACUGCAGUGCCGGCGUGGGGCGGACGGGGACGUACAUCGUCAUCGACAGCAUGCUGCAGCAGAUCAAGGACAAGAGCACGGUCAACGUCCUCGGCUUCCUCAAACACAUCCGCACGCAGCGCAACUACCUGGUCCAGACCGAGGAGCAGUACAUCUUCAUCCACGACGCCUUGAUGGAGGCCAUUUUGGGGAAGGAGACGGAGGUGGCGGCCGGGCAGCUGCACAGCUACGUCAACGGCAUCCUGACGCCGGGACGCAGCGGCCGCACACGCCUCGACAAACAGUUCAAGCUGGUGACGCAGUGCAACGCCAGGUUCGUCGAAUGCUUCAACGCUCAGAAGGAGUGCAACAAAGAGAAAAAUCGAAAUUCCUCAGUGGUGCCGUCGGAGCGAGCGAGGGUCGGCCUGGCGCCUCUUCCCGGCAUUAAAGGCACCGAUUACAUCAACGCCUCUUACAUCAUGGGUUACUACCGCAGCAACGAGUUCAUCAUUACCCAGCAUCCUCUGCCUCACACCACGAAAGACUUCUGGAGGAUGAUCUGGGACCACAACGCGCAGAUCAUCGUCAUGCUGCCCGCCAACCACGGACUGGCGGAGGAUGAGUUUGUGUACUGGCCCAGCCGGGAGGAGGCCAUGAACUGCGAGGCCUUCACUGUCACCCUGAUCAGUAAAGAUCGACUGUGUCUGUCCAACGAGGAGCAGAUCAGCAUCCACGACUUCAUCCUGGAGGCCACGCAGGAUGACUACGUCCUGGAGGUGCGUCACUUUCAGUGCCCCAAGUGGCCGAACCCCGACGCCCCCAUCAGCAGCACCUUCGAGCUGAUCAACGUCAUCAAGGAGGAGGCGGCCUCGCGCGACGGCCCCACCAUCGUCCACGACGAGUUGGGAGCCGUGUCGGCCGGCAUGCUGUGCGCCCUCACCACGCUGUCGCAGCAGCUGGAGAGCGAGAGCGCCGUCGACGUCUACCAAGUGGCCAAGAUGAUCAACCUCAUGAGGCCCGGCGUCUUCACGGACAUCGAUCAGUACCAGUACCUUUACAAAGCUCUGCUCAGCCUCGUCAGCACCAAGGAGAACGGCUCCGGUCUUCUGGCCAGGGACAUAAACGGGACGAUGGCGUCCAUGUCCGACCAGUCGGACCAGGCCGAGAGCAUGGAGUCGCUGGUGUGAGGGGCCCCCGGGGGCCGGAGGGGGGGGCCGCCCCGCCCCGCCCCGCCCCGCCCCGCCCCGCCCCGCGCCGCGGAGGGAGGCACUUAAACUUUGUAAAACAUCAAGGAACUCUUGUGGACAAGACUUUUUGAGGCCUUUUUUGCCAGACUCUUGGUUAAGAUGAAUAACCUGAUUACUUUUUUACACUGAUAAAAAGUUUUUGAUAUUUAUUUUUUUCGCCAUUUUAUGUCUUAAUGUUCUCCUACUGAAGGGUUUGCACCUGCGUUUUUGAGUUUCACGACGGCGUCGACGGCAACGAGAAACACUUCUGUCUUUUCUUGUUUGCACUAUCUAAUGUCAGUGUUACUGCCUAGAACUGAAGCCGAGACCCUCGGCUCUCCUCCACUCAAGCUCUGAGGUUCUCUCUCUCUCUCUCUCUCUCUCUCUCUCUCUUUCCGUUGUUUUUUUUAUUUUAAUGAUUAUUUUUUUGACAUUCCACGGCUUUCGGCCAUUUUAAACCAACUGCUUCUGUGAAGAACGUCGUGUUGCCUGCCCCCUGCUGGGUGAUUUGAGACAGUGCACCGAGGAAGGCAUGCCUCAGUAACAGAUGCUGCCCGGCUUCAGCUCUGCUUCGCUCAUCAUCUAUAAUACUCAUAUACCACUCAUGUAUCACCACA